AUGCUGCAGUUUAACCAGAGGGGGCAGUUUCUCUUCCCAAAACAUAAAGUAAGAGAGAGAGAAGCAUCAAAUGCUCUCCAACCGUCCGACAAGGGGAAGGAAAACGAAAGCAUGCAUUUAGACAAGCAGAGUGGCUUUUCUGCUGCUGCUCCAUUGACCUCCCAGUCCCUACUGCUCCUGGGACCUGAGGGGAAUUACAACUAUUACGUGGAUGAUGAAGAUGAGGAAGAGGAAGAACAAGAAAAAUGGCCAAAUGGAGAUUCAUUUGAGGGAGAAAACAAGCUCUCUUCAUCCAUUCCUUGCUCCCCUUCCCCUUCUGCUGGAGCCCUGGCCAUGGCUUCCACCUCGUCGGUGCUGAACAUUAACGUCGGCGGCCAAAGCUACCACCUCACCUACCAGGCGGUGGCCAUCUACCCCAAGACCCGCCUGGGCCGGUUGGGGCUCAUUGCCACCCUGCCCCUCUGCCUCCAGCUGCUGCUGGAGUGCUUCGCUGAUGACGACCAGCCCCGGGGCCGAGGCUCUCAGCACGAGCAUGACAUUGAGAAAGUGGGACGGGUGGGCAAGGUGGGGCAGGUGCUUCGCAUCAUGCGUCUCAUGCGCCUCUUCCGCAUCCUCAAGCUGGCCCGCCACUCCACGGGGCUCCGUGCCUUCGGCUUUACCUUGCGCCAGUGCUACCAGCAGGUGGGCUGCCUUUUGCUCUUCAUUGCCAUGGGCAUCUUCGCCUUCUCCGCCAUGGUCUACACGGUGGAGCAUGACGUCUCCAGCACCAACUUCACCAGCAUCCCCCAUGCGUGGUGGUGGGCUGCCGUCAGCAUCUCUACAGUGGGAUACGGAGACAUGUGCCCGGAAACUCACCUCGGCCGCUUGUUCGCUUUCCUCUGCAUUGCUUUCGGAAUAAUCCUGAACGGGAUGCCCAUCUCCAUCCUCUACAACAAAUUCUCAGACUACUACAGCAAGCUGAAGGCCUACGAGUACACGGCUCUCAAGAAAGAACGGGGCAAGGUGGACUUCACCCGGAGAGCGAUGAAGAAGAUAUCCGAGUGCUGCGGAGAAGGGGCGACCCACCGUUUGUCGCGGCACUGA